UCAGUGUCUGUGACCGGUUGGUUUUCUAGUGUCUUCCCUCAAACACCUUGCUUCCCACCAGAGAUUGAUUAUUUGCGUGCCUGAGUAAGUUGCCGUCUUCCAACAGAUAUCAGAAUCAGGUUCUCUCUGUGUAGAUCCCUCUAGCACCUUGCUAAGUAUCGUCCUUGCAGAAGACUUGGGAUUAUUCGAUUCUCGGUCUGAAGUCGGCCGCGAAUUGUGAAGUUUACUAUGGCUCAAGUCGGUAAUGAUUGCUACUUCUUCUACUACUCGAGCUGCAAGAAGGGACGCGCUUGUCCAUUCCGACACAGUGCUCCUGCACUUGGCAAGGAAGACGUCUGUCAAGAUUGGGCCAAAGGAAGCUGUAUUGUUCCGAAUUGUGCACGUCGCCACAUGGGAAUACAUAAAGACCGUGGCAGCAUGCCAUGCUACUGGGAGUCUCAGCGAGUGGGGUGUACCAAGCCGUUCUGCCCAUUCAAGCAUUUGAAGCCCCGUCCUGAUGCGCCUCUGCAAACUGGCCAAGUUCAACCCACUACGACCGCAUCCCAAGGAAAUCCAGUCAAAGGUGGACAGCGCAGCGCUACUAUCCGGACUAUUGGCAAAUCUCAAAAAAGACUGCGACACGCCCGAACACAAGGGGUUGCCACCGACUCAACUGCCGCUGACUCCAGAAUGGAUAUGAGAAGAGCAACUCGAGCAAUGAGCCGAUACCAUUGGGUUCAUGCUCGUGAUCAGCUUAAUCAACAGCAUAGAUCUGAGACUGCAAGGCGUGGUCCAGGUCCUUUGUUACCCAUGAAAAGGACAGCAUCUGUUCAGCAAGAAGACCAAACAAAGCCGUUAGCCAAACGACGCAGGACUGAGCCUGUUGCUGUUCCAGUGUCCCCACAACCGUCCACCGCUGCUGGUCUUCGCAUCAAGUCUUUAGAUGAAAUCCUUGCUGAGAAACGCAAGCAUCACGCGACCGUUAGUGACAGCACUGUAUCUGCAGAAGACACCUGUCAAAGAAGACCGGCUGAUUCAACCAGCAAGGAAUCACCAUCAGUAGUUUCCAGUUCAGCAAGCAAGAAUGUACGUAGUCCAGUACUGAAUACUGCACCUACCAAGAGUUCCACUCCAGCGACACCACCUGCUAAGAUAACAAGACUCAGCAGUCAUUCUUCUGCUAAGAAGGAAAGCCCAGCCACUAAGAAGGUGUCCCAAAGUGAAGGAAGUGAAGUUACUUCCACUGCUGAUACUACUACUAUGAAGUCCGAUGCCAAGUCUGAAUUUGAUUGGCUCGAUGACAUCGACCUGCUUGAUGACGAUGCAUUUGAGAAAGCGAUGAGAGAAUUUGUUGGUGACGUAACCUACGUCGACUUGAAUAAGCCAGACCUUGACGAAACAGUCAACAGCAACGAUCUACUCCUGGAAGCGGAGCUGAUGAUUUAGACUAAGAGAACUGUUGUGUAUUUCCACAUUAAGCAGUGUGCUCACCAUUUGCCAUGUCUACAUCAUGCCUAAUCGCCAUUGGGGAUAUACACCCGGUUUUUUCCCUCUCUACUGCGUCCGUCGGCGCGAGGGUUUUUUCCCGGCUGGCUCGGUCCAGGAAAAUUAACCUGACGGCCCCAAGUGGUUUUGCGUCAUGCCCUAUUUCAGCUAUCCGCUGGCUCACUUACAUGUAUUUGGGCAUCUUCGUCUAAUGCUUGAUUAUUAUUACUAAUAAUGCUUUGAGCGCUGCUUGAUAUAUCAGCAUAAUAUAAUGCUAAUUUGAAUGCUCGCUUUUCACUUUCUCGCUGGCUGUGUUGUGCAGAAUCAUGUGCCAACCUUUACUACAUGUAUAUUGCAUUGUCAUUUCAUUCAGUACAAUGCAAACAUAUUAUUAUUAUGGCCAUAUUUUCGACAACGCUGCUCAAACUUGAUAUGAAUCAACUCACCUACUCCGAAGCCACAUUCUGCCAGUCUGCAAUAGGUUCUGGCACAGACCAGAAGUUAAUGUUGCUUUGAAGGAUGCUAAGGAAACGUGCUAUCCCGGCUCCUAGACAGCAGAAUACUUGUACCAAAUUGGAAUGAGUAUAACUCAGACAAAG